AUGGAAGGUGAAUCUGCUGUUCUGUUCACUCUAUGGGAGAUCCAUUCACUAAAUGAGUUCAUUAAAUUUACUUUAAUUGGUAAACUUCAAUUGGGCCACCCAAAGAUGGAUCUUGUUAGAAAGUCUUUUGAUGAUAUUCAGUUCGGUGGUGCUUGGCAGCUUAAGCUGAUGGAUGGAAGAAACCUUAUAAUUAAAUUAUCUAAUGAUGAGGAUUAUUCCAGAAUCUUUGCCAAGCAAACUCUUUUGAUUGCUGGAACCCCCAUGAAAUUGUUGAAGGGGACACCUGGUUUUGACCCAAGUAAAGAGCCUCCUGUUGCGCCCAUAUGGUUUAAAUUGCCUAAUCUCCCUAUACAGUAUUAUAACCAAAAUGUUCUAUUCAGCAUUGAUAGGACACUUGGCUGUCCAUUGAAAGUGGAUGCUCUAACUUAUAAUUUGGCUUGGCCAGCUGGGGCUAGAGUGCUAGUGGAAAGAGACAUCACAUUACCAUAA